CGCCAGAGCGCAGCGCAGCGCACGACACUGAGCGUCGUCUGGACUUGUGCUUCACGUCUCGACCAGUAGUUGACAGCCAGGCGUAAUGACUGAUCGCUCACACAUUUCCAGAUCCUGAUGCAUGUCGACCAGAACAUGUCAGAGCUCCUCGCGGUGGCACGGUUCCGCUGUCCGAACUCCUCUCCAGUGGAUUACUCCUGCAACACUUCCCGAGGCUGCAGAUGAUCAUUGUUGUGUGCAUGCGGACAAACUUGCAGCAGCAGCAGCUCACGAGUCGGUGUUUGUGAACUGCUCUCAUAUCUGUGUCAGGCAAUACUGCGCGUAAAAGUUGCAGCGUAAACAUUACAGACUUGUCGGGCUGCGCCUGUGAGCACCGUCUCCGACAUGGAGCUGAAGAGCGCGUGUCGCAUGUUUCUUUUCCCGGUUCAGAUGUUGUAUUACUUAGUCAAGGCGAGUUUGUCCUCGCUGUUGCCGAGCAGAAAGAAGGACCUGGGCAAGGAGGUGGUAUUGAUCACCGGGGGAGGACGCGGCAUCGGACGUCAUCUGGCCAAAGAGUUUGCCAAGCAGGGAGCCAGAAAGGUGAUCCUGUGGGGCCGGACGGAAAAAUGCCUCAAAGAAACAAGUGAAGAGAUUUCUCUCUCAGGAACAGAGUGCCAUUACUUCCUGUGUGACGUGGCCAAUCGGGAGGAGGUUUACAAGCAAGCCAAGGUGGUUAGAGAAAAGGUGGGAGAUGUUACAAUAUUAGUGAACAACGCAGCUGUGGUCCACGGCAAAAGUCUGAUGGACAGCGACGACGACGCCCUUCUGAAAUCCCAACACAUCAACACCUUGGGACAGUUCUGGACUACAAAGGCCUUCCUGCCUCGAAUGCUGGAGCUGCAACACGGCCAUGUGGUCUGCAUAAACUCCAUUCUGUCCCAGUCUCCCAUUCCUGGGGCCAUAGAUUACUGCACCUCCAAGGCCUCGUCGCUGGCUUUCAUGGAAAGCCUGACGCUGGGCCUGCUGGACUGCCCCGGUGUUGGCUGCACCACGGUGCUUCCUUUCCACACCAAUACAGAGAUGUUCCAAGGAAUGAGAGUCAGGUUUCCUCAGCUCUUUCCUCCUCUCAAACCAGAGGUGGUUGCCCAGAGGACUGUGGAAGCAGUCAGAGCGGACAGGGCCUUCCUCUACCUGCCCUGGACUAUGCACGCUCUUGUCCUUCUAAAAAGCUUCAUGCCACAAGUUGCACUUGAAGAAAUCCACAAGUUUUCUGGGAGUUAUACCUGCAUGAACACAUUCAAAGGCAGGACAUGAACCUGGAUUUCACAGAAUGUGAGGGUGACCUCAACGUCUCUGGGGUACAAUGAAGGGAAUAUGGACCUAAAGACACCUGGAGGUGCAGGAGGCCCCAUAAUAGUGUGAAGAAAAAUACUUAGGGGACGUUCACAAGGGUUUCACUCCUGCAGGUAGAAUUAAUCGAUAAACUGCAGGAUACACUCUGGUCCCAUUUAUAUGUGUGAGUGCACAUCUGUAUAGUAUGGAGGACUGAAUGCCAUUCUCACAUUGAACAGAAGCCAUGCUUAGGUGUGUACCAGUAGUUAUUCUGGGAGAUUUUGUGACACUUUUAGUCUGUUUUUACACUUUUGUUUUUUUUUGUUUUUUUAAACCUGCCUUUUUAAUGUGUCUUUGAAUCAAAGCAAAGUAAUAAAAUGGAGUUUUAGAGACA